AUGCUGGUGCACAUCCAAUUUCAGGAUCAGAGCAUCACUUACUCAGGCGGCCUCACCCAAAGGGGCUUGGUCAUACUGUUUGGAUACUUGGAAAAUUGUCUCCUUGCAGUGAUGGCCUAUGAUCGCUAUUUGGAUGUUGGUUACCCCCUGAGGUACACAGUCAUCAUGAACCCCUGCCUCUGUGCCCUGCUGGUUAUGGUUUCACUGUCCAUUAACAUAGUGGUCGGCCUGUUGCACAAUGUGAUGGUGCUGAGGCUGUCCUUCACAGCCCUGGAGAUCCCCAACUUCUUCUGUGAAUUUACUCAGUUCAUCAAGCUCACCUGCUCUGAUGCUCUCUUUGUAAACAUCCUGGUAUAUAUUUCAUCUUCCAUGUUUGGUGGUGUUUCCAUCUCUGGGAUCAUUUUCUCUUAUGUUCACAUUGUGUCCUCUGUCUUAAGAAUGCCCUCAUCAGAAGGAACACAUAAAACCUUUUCUAUCUGUGGAUCUCACCUGUCUGUCUUCUCCUUGUUCUAUGGGACAGGAUUUGGGGUGUACAUUGUCUCUUCAGUGACUGACUCCCCCAGGCAGACUGUUGUGGAUUUAGUGAUGUACUCUGUGGUUCUCAGAUGCCUAUCCCAUUUAUCUACAGCCUGA